CCGAAGAACAACUACCAUUAUUUUUCGGUGCGUCUUUUGUAAGUAUCAAGUCAGUAAAACAAGAGUAGUUUAAAGGAGCAAUAGCGUGUGCAAUGAGUCAAAGUAUUUGGACAAUUUUAAUGCCGCUUCUAAUAAUCAGUUAUGUUUUCGGCAUAAGGGUCGCCACUUUACCUAUAGGUUAUGCAAGACUACGGUUUCGUUUCUUAUAUAUGCUAAUAGUUUGGGUGAUUUAUUAUUUUCUCUCAAUAUCAGUAUUAAUACCUAAUUUAAUUAAAUUUUAUCCCACCGAGUUCUACUUUGGCUAUGCGCUGGAAAUGUUUGUAACAUUGCUGUCAAUCGUAUUUGGGAUAUACUAUAAUGAGAAAUUUCAAAGCUGUUUGAAAAAACUCGAUAUUGUCGACAAGACACUGUUUAAACUCGGAACAGUGACAGAUUAUGACAAGCUACACACGAAAACAUUGUGGCUCAUCUUAGGAUGGUCCAUAACAGUUAUAUUACUCAAUUGCAGUUCAGCGUUAUAUAUUGAGUCUGAAUAUGAUUGUGGAAUUGUAACAGCUAUUCUUAUUAUCUUUUUAUUAAAUCAUAUUUUUCAUAUUGGUGUAAUUAGUGAUUUGAUUAUUGCAAGUGUCCUUGGAUACAUAGGAGUAAAGUUUGAUCAAGUCAAUGAAGAACUUCAGGAUUUAAUAAAAAAUAAUACGUGUAGCAUAAAACAGACUUCGGCAAAUUCCAUGAUACAUUCACAUCAACGGAGAUUUUUUAAAGUUCUAAACAGUAAAUGCAUCAUAUGGAUAGUAAUGUAA